AUGUCUGAGGGUUGGGAAGAGGCGAGAGUUGCCUUUUUCGAGAUGAUGUAUGAGUGGUUUGGGGAAUACCUGAGAAACCACCCUGAAAUACCACGUCCACCCCCACCUGCUACCCGACCUGAUGAGGUACCACGGGUUGUUGAACCGAUUAGAUUGGGUAAGGCUCCGGUUGACAAACCUAGAAAAUAUGAGGCUGAAGAAGUUCUUGAUGAACUGUCGUAUGCUCCUGAGGAAAGCUUGAAAUACGUGGUAUCGCUAUUGAAGGACACUGCAUACCACUGGUGGAAGACUAUAUCCUCGGUGGCACCAAGAGAAAGCAUUACAUGGGAAUUCUUUCAACUGAAAUUUAAAAAGGAGUAUGUUAGUCAAAGGUUCUUAGAUCAGAAGCGAAAAGAGUUCCUGGAACUCAAACAAGGAAAUAGAACUGUGUCAGAAUACGAAAGAGAAUUCGUAAGACUAAGUCAGUAUGCAAAGGAGUGGGUACAAACGGAGGCAGAAAUGUGUAAACACUCCGAAGAAGGUCUGAAUAAGGAUAUUAAACUGUUAAUAGGGAUCCUUGAGAUAAGGGAAUUGGCUACAUUAGCCGAUCUGGCCAAGAAAGUCAAAGAGCUAAAUAAUGAAAGAAAGCAAGCAAAGAGAGAAACUUGA